GAUGGCGGAGCAGUGUUCUCGCGUGAUUUGCAAUUGUUUUCUUUAGUCUCGUUGCUUUUUAAGUUACUAAAGGACAAAAUAURAUGACARAAAAAUAGCUGAGAGAAAAUGACAUUUAUUUKKGAAAUUCACAGUCAAUGUUAAUUUAAUUUAGUCCAGAAAAUGGUAGGUUUUGAUCCUAACCGCGUGGAGAAAGGUCUGACCUCUUCACAAUGUGGCAUUUGUGGAUCAAUUGCYGGUGCUUUAACGAGAGUGAUUGCGCAGCCUUUAGAUGUUGUUAAGAUAAGAUUUCAACUACAAGUAGAACCGACGUACAGCGGUACAUCGCAUAAACCUACAGGCAAAUAUACUGGUGUUGGGCAAGCUUUUAAACUAGUUUACAAAGAAGAGGGAGUUCCAGCAUUAUGGAAAGGGCAUGUCCCAGCACAAAUACUGUCUAUAGCUUAUGGAUAUUUUCAGAAAUAUACUGGUGUUGGGCAAGCUUUUAAACUAGUUUACAAAGAAGAGGGAGUUCCAGCAUUAUGGAAAGGGCAUGUCCCAGCACAAAUACUGUCUAUAGCUUAUGGAUAUUUUCAGGUUUAUUCUAGUUUAAUGGAGGCAGCUCGAAUGAUGUACACAAUAGAGGGACCAACAGCAUUUUAYAAAGGUUUAGUCCCUUCAUUACUUCAGAUUUUUCCAUAUGCUGGUAUGCAGUUUGGUUCAUACACUUUGCUGAAAAUGAUCUGGGAUUACACUUUUGAUAUUAAGAAACACAAUCCUUACAAACCAGCUGAUAUCAUAGAAAGUCUAUUCUGUGGUGCUGUUUCUGGGAUGAUAAGUAAAGGCAUCAUUCUUCCAAUUGACAUUGUCAAGAAAAGAAUUCAGGUCCAAGGGUUUCAAGAAGCWAGGGCAAACUUUGGGAAAGUACCUGAAUACACUGGUCUUGUUGACUGCGUCCAGUCCAUUAUGAAAUAUGARGGAAUUGCGGGACUAUUCAAGGGACUUGCGCCAAGCACGAUUAAGGCUGGUGUAUCACUGGGCAUUACAUUCUGUGCCUACGAACAGUGCCUACACCUAAUGAGACACCUUAUACACGAUGAUAUGGAAGACCACGUCAAAGACUUAACCUCAAGAUGAAUAGUAAACAUUCUAGCAGAUACAUAUUAUAAGUACCGAAGAUUUUGUUUCACCAACCCCUCCUAAGUCAAUCUCGUUCCCAGAAUCCCCAGAAAGAUAUUACGUACAUCAAGCACGCAUGCGCAAAUAAAAAAAAGAGCUAUGCGACCAUAUUAAAGGCUCACAAAUAUCCAGGAACCUUUGCGCGAUUUUCUCACAUUCAAAAAUUCGCCAUCUUUGAUUUUGAACCAAUCACAAAUCACCUUUCAGCAAGUGAUCAUUUGUGAAUUAAAAGAAACGGUCGCAAAGGCUCUUGGGAUGUAUAUUGGCCUUUAAAAGUAGCGCAGUCCUUUGCAAUUUUAAGUUGCGAAUAUAUUGAUAUAGCAAAGUGUAGAGAAAGUAACUGGUUACUUUUGGUUUACACAGUACAACCGAUUUUAAAAGUUUCAAUUUGCUUAUCUACAAAACGUUGAAAAUACUCAAUACUGUGAUAUUUUACAGUUCUAAGUACUUGAAUGGUAGCAAAGCCUUUGAAUCAAAGCGAGAAGAAGUUGAGUCUACAGUGAUAAAAACUUUUUGUUCGCACCUUAGAUAAUUCGGUUACCUYUCAAGAUGGCGCUUGGAACUAUAACUUGGUGUAUUGCAUUUGACAUUUGUGUACAAAGACUUUUAAUAUAAUAGUGUAUUCCAUUCACAAGAGGUUUAAUGUUUACAAUGGGCAGGUCAAUAAUCCAGUUUCGAAUUCUCCAAUGCUCUGUGUUAGCCUCUUUUAUGCGCAAAAUAUUCCUAAUUGUUA